CAAAAAAAAAACAUUUUCAGAGGUUUGCAAGUCUAUCUGGCCAUCCUGUCGUCAGGAUUAGUCUUAUCGGCCAGACUGACGAUUUGCUGAUCUCGCCGGGGUCUCUUGGACGAUAAUAUGGCAGAGUGGCAGAAAACAGUGCCGUGCAGGUACUUCAAGUUUGGAUCAUGUACCCGGGGGGAAGCCUGCCCCUACCUUCAUGUACCAGAGUACACAGAGAAUACUGAGUACAAUCAAGAAGAGGGGUACAUAGAGUACACAGACGAGAAUCAGUAUGGUACCGAAGACGUGAUGUAUGGUACCGAAGAUGUUCAGUACGGUACUGAAGACGUGCAGUACAGUGCAGAGAAUGUACAGUUCAGUCCCCAAGAAGACUAUGCGACUAGUCUUACAAUAGGAGUUGGAGCAUUAGGAUUAGAUCCGUGUCAAGAUCCCAAUUGUCCAGAAGAGGAGAAUGCUUUUUCUUCUCCACAGGAGGUUGGUGGAGCCGGGGCCUUGUAUCCUGUGUCCCCCACCUAUAUUCUCUAUUCUCCAGUGUUUCAUUCACCAAGUCACCCGGUCAUUUCACCCGGGAUAUCUGUAUUAUCACCCGGACCUGUGGUUUUGUCACCCGGACCUGGUGUUCUGACACCAGGGCACUCUGCGCUCUCACCCUCUCAUACUUUCAUAGCUGAUGAUAUUCAGUGCAGUCAGAUUUUCCCGCCAACACCGGACAGUUCCUUUAAUAGUGCUUUAAGUUCAUCCUACCCCUCAACAUCAUCAUAUCUUCAUCCAUCUUGCUCUUCUCAUCACUCAUCCCAUCCCUCUUUCACCCUCCUUUCUACGGCAACACCCAUUUCUUCACCUUCAACUGUACUCAAUCUUACCCAGCCGAAAUCAGACACACCCCUGGCAGUUGAAACUGCAACAACCUCUGUGAUAAAUAGAGCCGACCCUAAGGCCCCUAGUCCCAUCAGCAUAAAGCCCCUGAACCCUGAUCCUAAGGAGUUCAUUCCCAGAGGGUCAGAAGUUUCUCAGACUACGCCCCUAUUGACCAAAUUAGACCCAAAUCCCCCCGAGUUUACUCCCCUCACGACCAAAUUGAACCCUGACCCCCCUGUGUUUGUGCCCCUGAAACGGCGGAGUGAGUCCUGGAAGGUUCCUGAUAACUGGGCGGAGGCGGCGGAGUUCGUUCCUAAGGUUGAGACGAAGUCUCGAAGCUGGGCCCAGGUUGUAAACCCUAAUCCUCAGGCUGAGAAUUUGACUUUAAGUCAAAGUGAAAGCGAGCUCUGCCCUUAUUUUAAGUCUGGAGAAUGCAGAUAUGACAGUAUGUGUGCUUAUAUACACGGAGAUAGAUGUGAAUACUGUGGAAUGAACUGCCUUCACCCUCAUCAGCCAGAGCAAAGGAGGCUUCAUAUGCUGGAUUGUUUGGGUGAGCAUGAACGAGACAUGGAGCUGAGCUUUGCUGUAGCCAGGAGCCUGGAUAAGACCUGCGGGAUCUGUAUGGAAACUGUCUUGGACAAGGAGAAAGGAGAAGCGAGGUUUGGUAUUCUACCAUCCUGUACCCACUGCUUCUGUCUUCCUUGUAUAAGAAAAUGGCGGCAAGCAAAACAGUUUGAACAUAAAAUAAUCAGAGCUUGUCCAGAGUGUAGGCAAACUUCAGAUUUUAUCUGUCCAAGUAGAUUCUGGGUUGAGACUGUAGAAGAGAAGGAUAAACUCCUCACAGAUUACAAGAAAAACCUUGGUUUGAAGGAGUGUAAAUAUUUCAACAAGGGAGUGGGGGAGUGUCCCUUCGGAAACAAAUGUUUUUAUAAACAUGAAGACAAGGACGGAAGAGUGAUAGAUGUUGGACCUCCUAAGAAACCUGCACGCCGAACCAAUGCUGAGGGAAAUCUAAGCUUAGUUCAGCGUCUUCUGCUUUAUGAUUUCCUAGAGGAACGGGACGGACAGCUGGUGUUUCCGGUCGACUUUGUCGAACUAUUCGAUCUCUACUCGGACUCAGACGACUGGAGCGACGGAGAUGACGUUUAAUGACGAUACGCUAGCAGUGUUUCGACUGCGGAGAGUCCAGAUAGAGUGCAGAUAGAUUGCAACAUGAAAUUUUGUUGAAUUUAGUAAUUACAAUAUUUUUAUCUAUUGUUGCAUCACUCACAUAUAAAUGUUUUGUCGUUUCUACUUUAAUUAGACUGAUACUAUUCCUUGGUGCUAUUUCUAAACUUGGGUUUGUUACCCCCCCC